AUGAGUUACUCCAAGUUUGACCUUACUUUUAAAAUAGGUCAAUAUCUAGAUCGGCAUCUAGUUUUUCCUCUACUAGAGUUCUUAGCAGCAAAAGAGACAUAUGAUCAAUCUGAGCUACUACAGGCUAAGUUGGAAAUCCUAAGUAAAACCAACAUGAUAGAUUAUGUGAUUGAUAUAAGGAAAAUGUUGUAUCCUGAUGAAGACACACCUGAGGAAAUUAAAUCACGCAGAGGUGUUGUUUUGUCACAAUUGCAAGAAUUACAAGAUGCUGUAGAGCCAGUGCUUCGGUUAAUGCAAAGAGAUGAUGUCAUGAAGACAGUUGAGACCAUGAGGGAUCCUAAAACUCUUAUAAAUUACUUGACAACUAAUAAGGAGUUUGAGUUCAAAAUUGAUAUGAUCGACAGUAUGUAUCGCUUGGCCAAAUACAGAUAUGAAUGUGGUAAUUAUGUGGAGUCUGCAUCAUACCUAUACUUUUGCCAAUUGGUGAUGUCCCCUACAGAAAAGAAUUACUUGCCUGUACUUUGGGGGAAGUUGGCUAGUGAAAUUCUAGUCCAAAACUGGGAUGGAGCUUUAGAUGAUUUGAACAAGCUUCGUGAAUUCAUCGAUAAUGGUGCGGGAGGCGCCACUGCUACUAAUAUGCAAGCAUUGCAACAACGUACCUGGCUGGUCCACUGGUCACUAUUUGUGUUCUUCAACCACGCCAAGGGACGUGACCUAAUUAUUGAAACAUUCUUAUACAGACCCUUGUACUUGAACGCUAUUCAAACCAUGUGUCCUCACAUUCUUCGUUACUUAGCAACAGCAGUCAUUAUCAAUCGUUCACGUAGAAAUGCUCUGAAGGAUCUUGUUAAGGUCAUCCAACAGGAAGCCUACACAUACAGGGAUCCCAUCACUGAGUUUAUUGAACAUCUGUAUGUGAAUUUUGAUUUUGAAGCAGCUCGUAGGAAGUUAAAUCAGUGCCAAGCUGUACUUUCAACAGAUUUCUUCCUCAUUGCUUGUUUGGAGGAAUUCGUUGAAAACGCCAGAUUGAUGAUUUUCGAAACUUUCUGCCGCAUCCAUCAAGUUAUCAGCAUAGGUAUGUUAGCAGAGAACUUGAGUAUGCAGCCAGAUGAAGCCGAAUGUUGGAUCGUGAACCUGAUCCGUAACGCGCGUUUGGACGCCAAGAUAGAUUCGAAAUUAGGGCAUGUGGUGAUGGGGGCUCAACCACUCUCUCCAUACCAGCAGCUUGUCGAACGUAUCGAUUCUCUUUCUGUACGCUCAGAAGCUCUAACGUCCUUGGUUGAAAGAAAACAGAAAGUGCGCACAGAUAUACGUUGGGGAGGUCAAGAAUUCUAA